AAAACAGCCCGUCCCCGUCGUCCUCUCCUCGUCCCGGCCGUCUGUCUCCUCCCACUAAAAGGCCAAAGCUCCCAAGAAGUGCUGCUCACUCGUGCGCGGAGAGAAGCGAGAGAGACGGCCGUGUGCGUCUCCGUCGCCUGAGCCGCCGGAGAGGGUGAUCCAGUCGCUUGAUGGGGAGGGCGCCGUGCUGCGAGAAGGAGGGGCUGCGGAGGGGGGCGUGGAGCCCCGAGGAGGACCAGCGGCUGGUGGCCUAUAUCCGCCAGCAUGGCCACCCCAACUGGCGCGCGCUGCCCAGGCAAGCCGGCCUGCUGCGCUGCGGGAAGAGCUGCCGCCUGCGCUGGAUCAACUACCUCCGCCCGGACAUCAGGCGGGGCAACUUCACCGCCGACGAGGAGGACCUCAUCGUCCGGCUCCACCAGUCGCUCGGCAACAGGUGGUCUGCGAUCGCGGCGCAGCUGCCGGGGCGCACCGACAACGAGAUCAAGAACGUGUGGCACACCCACCUCAAGAAGCGGCUGGAAGACGGUCGGGAGGCGGCCGCCGCCGGCGCCGGCCGGCAGAAGCAGAAGGCGUGCAAGAGCAAGCCCGCCGCCAAGAGAGCAGCGGUAGCGGCCGACGUGGACAGUGAGCAGCCGUCAACGGCGGCGUCGCCAGGGCUGUCCAGCAGCGGCGUGACGUUCUCCACGGCGACCGAGUCCGCUGCCGCAGCGUCCUCAGCCGACAACGCGGCCACCAGCGCCGCGAGCCAUGCCGACCAGCUUGCCAAGGACAAGGAGGAGAGCUUCAGCUCGGCGGAGUUCCCGCCCAUCGAUGAGAGCUUCUGGUCGUCGGCGAACGUGAUGGACAUGGACCUCGGUGCCAUGGACGAGGAGCUGGGCCUGACCAGCUCGUCGUCGACGAGGGACGAGGACAUGGAGUUCUGGUUCAAGAUGCUGCUUGAAUCCGGUGACAUGAGUGACUUGAGCGUCUUUUAAGUUUUAACAAUUCAGAAUGAAGCUUAGCUACCACCUGCAACAUUAGAAGAAUCUUGUUUUCCUUCUUCUUUUUCUGUUAUCUUUUUCCCAUUUUCUGCUGAUGAGAAAAUAUUGGGAAAUUCGAUCAGAUGAUUUCACCUUCCUUAGAAAAAAAAAAUACUAGCAACAUUUCUUUUGUUCUUUAGCUGGCUUCAGAAUCAGGUGCAGUACUUAUCAUGAAAUGAGAUGGCCACAGCAGUGGAUUUGCCUUCC